AUGGAAAAUAAUAUUGGAACUUAUAUAAAAGAGUUAACUCUUAGGAUAUGGAGUUAUAUAUGUCAUGUAUUAUAUUUAAUAUUUUGCUGUCCUUUUUGUACAAAAUCAAAUGAUUUAAAAAAUACACAAAAAGUUGCUGAUUUAGAAAGUGGAAAAGAUCGUAACUUUCCAAUGUCAGGUAGCCAAAAAAAAACCAAUGAAAGUAGUGGAGGUGGAUCUUCACAACUAUAUAAAGUUAUUAUGGUUGGUAGUGGUGGUGUUGGAAAAUCAGCUCUAACUCUUCAAUUUAUGUAUGAAGAGUUUGUUGAGGAAUAUGAACCAACAAAAGCUGACUCCUAUAGGAAGAAGGUUGUCCUUGAUGGUGGAGAAUGUUCAAUUGAUAUUCUUGAUACAGCUGGUCAAGAGGAUUACUCAGCUAUUAGAGAUAAUUAUUACAGAUCAGGUGAAGGUUUUGUAUGUGUUUUUUCUAUUACUGAUGCUGAAUCAUUUGAUGCAACUAAUGAAUUUAGAGAACAAAUACUUCGAGUUAAAAAUUCUGAUACAUCAGUACCAAUAAUAUUAGUUGGUAAUAAAUCUGAUCUUGAUGAACAACGUGCAAUUCCUAUGCAACAAAUUUUACAAAGAGCUGAACAAUGGAAUGUUCCAUACAUAGAAACAUCUGCUAAAACAAGAUCUAAUGUUGAUAAAGUUUUUUAUGAUUUGAUGCGUGAGAUUAAACGACGAAAAGUUGGUACUUUAAAUGGAUCUGGAAACGGUUCUGAAGAAAAUAAUGGUAAAAAGAAGGCUAAUCGUGGAAUGAAGAGAAGUUGUAAUAUUUUAUAA